CUACCCCCUUAUCCGCAUCUGAAUGGCUAUCCAGUCAGAGACAUCACAGCCGGAGCUUUAGUUCAAAGAAAGGUCGCUGGAUCUGGAUCUCAUGAAGCAGGUAUCUUCUCCGUCAGCUCUGAAGGGAGGUUUGCAGUAGCUGCUCGGGUGCGGCGCUUGGCGCCUCGUUGCCCGGGUAUUCGCUGAUGGACGAAGAGUUUGAGGAACAUGAUUUUUCUGAUGGAGCGGUCGGUGAGGGAGAGCAUGCACUUGAUCCGACAGAAGAACAUCAGCCAGUUAUUACUUCUCGGUUGUCAGUUAAGCGUGUUGUAGAGAUGGUUGCAAAAUUUUACGAAUACAAGAGAUGGCUUGUAACCGAAAUUGGUUUUGGUGCAAUUCUGAAGCUCCCAAUGCUUGUCAAGUUGGACCUGAGGAUGAGUGCUUGGGUUAUGAGGAAGGUGAAUGCUCGGUGUCGUGCAAUCGUCAUUGAUAAUGACAAUACGAUUGGUUUCACAGCAAAAGAUUUCCACAAGGUUUUUGGCAUCCCAUGCGGGAAUCGAGAUGUGGGUGGCAGGGAUGCACAAAUUUCUCAAUCUGCAAUCAAUUUCAUCAAGCAGUCAAUUGGGAUGGACAGUACAGUUGCUCAUAAUCUGAAGGCGGCUGAAGGUUUUACAAGUAGAGAUAUUUCAGAGGAUUCGAGUAAAAUUGAAAAGGAUUGUUUUCAAAUUGCAUUCGUCAUCUUUGUCAUGGGCUAUUUGAUAGCACCGUGUACCAAGCAUGACACCAUGACCAUUGAUUUCUGGGGUGCUCUGGCCAAUCCAGAAUUGAUCCCGCAGUUCAAUUGGUGUGAGUAUGCUAUGCAGAAAUUGAUGUCAGCUGUUGUGAAGUUGCAGAAUGAUUAUCAAAGCAAAGAAGCAACGGUUCAUAUGUUUGCGUGCCACCUUUUUUUCCAGCUUUUCUUGCUGGACAACAUUGACCUUGGAUUGUUCAAUAUGCCGCCAUCUGAAUUGCCCCGCGUGCAGUGCUUCGAACAGAAAAGGUUUCGGCAGAUGAUCAUAAUGGCUUAUGGCAUGAAGCACGGGAAGUGGGGUUAUGUCCCUGCAGGGGUGCGGCCUGCGGAGCUAGUUAUGUACACGCGGCCAGACACGACGCGCCAAGGAUGCAUUGACUACCAUGUAUCAUCAGGUUCAAUGAAGCAAUUAGUUCCAAGGGUGCCUGAUAGAGUGGACCAAUGGACUCCGGAUUUGGGUGUGCAUGCAACGACGGCACCAGCUGACUAUUUGGGUGAUGUGAGGUCGGCAUAUCAUUCACGUGGGCCAAGGGAUUUUGCAAAUCAUUUGCGCCAGACUUGCUACGGUGAUCCGAUAAGUUUUGUUCAUCUAAUUAGAGCUGAGCCUGAUGUUGAAGUAGCAGAAUGCAAAGUGCACGCUGAGCAUGUCGUUGCUGCGGAGUAGGAUGCAGUCUGACAUGCUUAGCUUUGCUGAUAGAAUUGUAUCACUUGUGCGGGAUCGUUGUAGGUGUUGUCAAGCGCGCGGGCUGUCAAAGUGUGUCACACUGGAUGGAUCAUCCAAGUGCUCUGAUGAUGCUCGGGCCAUGCAUUCAAGGGUGAUCCCAACGGUUGCUCGGCGGCUCGAAAUGUUGGAUGAUGAAGGUGCCGUAGGUGGUAGUUCAAGCAAGGCCCAUUUUGAACGUAAUUCAGGGAAGAAGACUCGGGUUGAUUCCUGUGAUGUGCAAGAUACGAGGCCAGUGUCAUCACAGCAGCCAAACGACGCCCCUGUGUAUGAUAACCCAGUUGUUGAGGACCGAUAAAUGGAAGAGAAGAAUGUAGUAUUAGACAGGACUAUAUUAUAUGCUCGGGUAAUUACGGACACGAUUAACUGUCUGUACGACAUUGGAGAGGGAGAGCCCAAUGUUGUUUAUUUUGGGACCAUGGUAGCUACAUUGCCAAAGAGGAAGUAUGCCACUUCUGCAAGCUUUGCACGCAACCCAUGGGUGAGUGGGUGUCUAGCUCAGCCCCCACCAGUCCCCUUGGUGGAUAAGUUCUAUAACUGGGUGUCUGGAAACAACAAUUUUGACCUUGACAGCAUGUGGAUUGAGCAUAAAACCCCGCGGAUGCUUCGGGUAAAUGCUACGUGUGUUCGGCAACAAUUAAUUGGGGUACAUCCUCUUGAUCACGAGGUAGUUGUGCUUGCAAUCAGGAGGUUUAAUCAGCUUGAUGUUGGUGCACACGCUGUGAAUCAGUAUAUGCUAUGGAGGGAAGUACUUGAACCAGAUUUCUCGGUCAGUACACCCUUUUUACUGGUUUUGGGUAGAUAUCUUGUAAAUGUUUGCCAGGUUGCAAUUGGCCAUGGAAUAUGUUUGUUUGUUUACUGUGUCUAUAACAGACGCACGCUCUUGCUGGGGAGAAAGUUGUGCAUAUAAAAGCUAUUCAGUUGCAAAUUUCGCAGCCUCAUCAUGAUGUCACAGCAUGUCAGAGGUUCUUUGUGCCAGCCAUUCUUGACCAUGGCUGGGCAGCAUACAUGUGGGAUAUGAUUAGGAAGGAGAUUCACAUAUUGGAUCCUUUGUGUGCUCAAAUAGUGGGAGCAGAGCAGCGACAUACAACCCAUCACGAGGUGGUGUCACAGAUUCACAACGUGCUAUUUAGUUGCCUUAACAAGUUCUUUGCAAAAUGGCACUGCACACCUGACAGAUGGAACCGGAAGUUCCCAAACAUAACCCGGGAAGUAUUUACAAGGUGACAGGGAUGAGUCUGGUAUCUGCAUGCUGCAUGCGAUCAGGCAGUACGAUGGUGAAAAGAUGAUGUGGCCUCUGACGAAG